UAUCGCUAGCCUACAACAAACCUGAUGUUGCUGUUGAUAUUUGAACAUGGCGGGGGGUUCAGUAUCGGUAUGCACAGAGUGUUUGUUUAAGGUUUUGGUAAUUGGAGAGAGGGGUGUUGGAAAAACGAGCAUGCGGUUCAAGGAGGAGUAUAAGGCAUCGAUUGGAGUUGACUUCGCGUUGAAAACGAUCGAAUGGGACAAUAAAACAGUAGUGAGACUUCAGCUUUGGGACAUUGCAGGUCAGGAGAGGAUUAGGAACAUGUCCAGAGUAUACUACAAGGAGGCCAUGGGGGCGUUUGUGGUCUUUGACACGACCAAGAUGGAGACAUUAGAGGCUGCCUCACAGUGGAAGCAUGACCUAGAUAGCAAAGUGAGACUGGCCAGUGGAAGCCCUGUCCCUGCUGUCCUGUUAGCCAACAAGUGUGACCAGACAGAGGGAAACAAGGAGCUGUUUUCCCUCAUGGACAACUACUGUAAAGAGAAAGGCUUCCUGGGUUGGUUUGAGACGUCAGCAAAGGACAAUCUCAAUGUUGACGAGGCAGGAGCCUUCCUAAUGGAGAACAUGCUGCGGAUUGACAGAGGGCUGUCCAGCAGAGACAACGAAAAUGACAGGAUCAACAUGAGCCAGUCCAAGGCAACAUUUAAAUGCUGCUAGUACCACCAUGGAGAGACAAUGGACUCAGGGGGCAGAGGGAUAGAGGGACUUUAACAGGGAGGGACAGCUGGGUAAACUCAUAAAAAUGUCAUUUCAACCAGCAUUGCCCACUGGAUUAGGUGUCAGGCAUGUCAGUUUAUAUCAUUCUAAUUUCACAACCUCACAGAUGAUUUCAGCACAUUCCAUCAGCAGUACAUGGGUAUGGGCAGUAGGCUACAUGGGCUGUAUGUGUGGGAUUUGUAAGAAACACCUCUAUGGAGAUGAUUGGGCGCAUAUCCUCUGGUAAUCCACUGAUCCAAUCAGCAAGCCAAUAAACCGACCAGCAGGAACACACAGACUGUUACAUAGUCUCAUAAGGUACAGCAGCUUGCUGUGAGGACACUGGCUAUGAUGAUAGAAAUGUAUUUAAUAGAAUAGUAAUCCCAAUUCCAUGGCUGUGACACUCCCUUUAAAUGGUCAAGACCUGCUCACACGGGUGACAUAAUCUUGCCGUCUGACUAACAUAAAAAACGAAACUAUGUUAGCUUUUAUAAGACUGACUGACAACAUUUUUUAAUUCUAUUUUAUCCUCAUGAAACCCUUGGAUAUCAUUAUUUCCUACUCCCUCACCAGAUAGAGGAGAUCUCAAAGACAAGGUUAUUGUCAAAACACUCAUUCAGUGAACUAUAGCGGCCACGCUAUUGUGAAAUGGAGGAAAUACACUUUCAACAUGACCCAUUUUCUGGCAUGCUUUCUUGAAGAAAUAUCUGAGAACGCAACAUAACGCUAGUGCUACACCCUCCGGAGAUGUGUUCUAUAUUGGAGUGUGCUAUAUUCAGUGUAGAGGACCCGUCUCAGUCACAGUCUCUAGAUGGAGGAUGUGUGUUUAAAGGAGCAAUCUGCAAUUCAAACCACAACAAAGCGGACACCCCACCACUGUUUUUGUAAUCAAAUCAAAUUUUAUUGGUCACAUACACAUGUUUAGCAGAUGUUAUUGAGGGUGUAACGAAAUGCUUGUGUUUCUA